UUAUAAUGGUUAUAUUAGAUUAGAGAGUUUGUUAGAGUAUAUUGUUAAUUAAUUGGUAAGAACGAUGGCUUCCUUGGUUGCAGAUUAUGGAACUUCCUCAAGCUCAGAAAGUAAUAGUGAUGAUAUUUCGGAUGAUGCCGAUAACACUCACAGAAAUUUAAACUUUUAAAAUGAAUUAUUAUUACUACAUCUUUAACAUUAUAUUUUGCACAAAGGAAGAGGAAGAAGAAGAUGAUGAAGAAGAAGAAAAUAAUGAAAACAAUGAAAUAUGUAAAACAGCUUCCAAAGAAAAACUUCCAUUACCAACUCCAGAUUUUAAUGGCAUACCUACAAUGAAAACUUCAGUCUUCUCAAAUCCAUUUGUUGAAGCAGAAAAAGCAAAAAGUGCAAUUCUUGAAAAACAUGUGAAAAUGACUCCAACUCUUGAUGAUACAAAAAUGAUAAAUGGUAAAAAAAUUUGUUGGAAUUAUAGAAAAGGUAGAUGCCGGUUUGGACAUAAUUGUACUUUUGCACAUGAUUCUGAUUUACAUCGUACAGCAACUGAAUUAGAAACAAUUAGAACACCACAAGAAACAAUUAUUUGUCAAACUCCUUAUAAUGGUCAAGUUUCCAUUAAUGAUGAUGAUGAAAUAGAUCAAGAAAAUAAUCAAAUGAAUAGGCGUAAGAAGAGGCCAGGAUUAAGUCAAUCUUUAAUACCAAGCAAGAAAGUCUUAAAAAUGUACAAAGCACAACAAGCUAAAGCUAUUAGUAGGUAAAUGUAAUUAUAUCAAAUAUAUAUAAGUAAUGUUAACAUAUAAUUAGCUGCUCUGAAAUAGAAACAACUUAUAACUUUUAAAACUCAAAUGAAUUCAUACAAAUGGAAUUGAUUAUAAGCUGCAUAAAAAAUAAUAAUCAAAAAGCAUUAAAAUGCUUUAUAAAAGAGCUGCAUAAAAAAUAAUAAUCAAAAAGCAUUAAAAUGCUUUAUAAAAGAGCAAACUAAGAAAAUAAUCAUUUCUUUAUAUAUGAAUAAAAAAAUUAAAAGAAUAAAUAAAUAAAAUGAAAUGAAAAUAUAUGCUUCCAAAUAAAAUUUUGCAGAGAACAAUAUACAUGCAGAUUAUGCCUAUUUCAAAAUCCAUGAAAAUUUCAAGAUUAUUUAAUAUUUAAUAUUUCUAAAAAAAGUGUUCGUUAUGUAUAUAAAGAAUAGAAUUUAAUUGUAUAAUUAAUACUUCCAGGGACCUGUAUAAGUGAAUCAUAAUUCAUUAUGUCUUGCAUGCAAAUAGUUUUAUAAAUAUAUUUCUAUUUAUACUUGGUAUUCUUAACUUGCCCAUGAAACACAAAACAUGUCUUCUUAUAUUUUGUUAUGUAAUUUAAUUAUAUGUCUAUAUAUGUCUCUUUAAAAAGAGACAAUUAUUUAAAAAUUUUUUUUCAUCAGAAUUCUGAAGAAUUUAUAAGUAGUAAGAAAUAAAUAUUCUACUUAAAUAUUAUAUAAAAUAUCACUACAGCUUUAAUAAAAAUUUUUAGAUACUGUUUAAUGUACAGAAUAAAAAUUAUCCAUAUAAAAGUGAUGUGUAUGUAAAGAAAGAAUUAUAUAAGUUAUGUACAAUAUUGUUAAUAUUUUUUCUUAGUAAGUAUUUAAUAUUUAAUUUAGGUAUCAAUAAUUAUGCAAUUAUAACAAUGAUAUAUGAAAAAAGAAAAAAACAAUUACGCUUCCACUAUGCAUUAUUUUUUACAUAAUGUUAUAAGAUAUAAAAUAGGACUUUAUAAUUCUACAUGGAAAAUAGAAAUAUAAAUGUUUAUUAAUUUUGAUUUCAUCAAUGAAAUAUUAUAUAAUUUCUGCCUUUAAAUUUUCCCAUUUAAAUAUUUUUAUUAUUAAAAUUUUUCGUUAUUGUAUAUUAUAACAAAUGUAUAUUUUAUAUACAUUUUAAACUUUAUUAAAUUUAUUUAAAUUUCAUAAAGCAUAUACAAAAUUGAUAUGUAUGAACGUUAUCUAACUUGUUUCUUUAAAGUUUAAUUUUGAUAGAUUAAUAUCAUUGUCAUAAAUAAUUAGAAUUUGAAUUUGGUAAAUAUACUAUGAAAGUUACUAAAAAUAAAAUAAAAAUAAAAAUGUUUGCAAAAGAAAUAUUUUAUAUUUUGUUUAGAUAAUUUUUUAUUUAAUAAGUUCUUUUUAAAAUAAUUUGUAAAAAGAACUAUAACAUUUUCAUUCAAAGAUUUGAUAUUCUAGAAUAGAUAAUUCUUAUAAAAAUUUAACAAUAAAACAAUUAAGAAAAGUGUAUAGAAUCAUGUGAAAAUUACUUCAAUUAAAAAAUAUAAUCUUUCAAAAAAAAAAGUUUUAUUUGCUAAAAUGAUUUUAUAUGCAUUAAUUUAACACAUAUAAAAAAAAAAUGAAUUUGUUAAUCUAAAAAGCGAAUGUAAAAUGCGAAAAUAUUUAUGCAUUGAAAAAUGUUAUAUUUUAUAAGUUUUUCUUUUUUAUUUUUAUUAGUAAUAAGUUUAUGAAAAAAUGUUUUGAAAGUAGCAAUAAAUUUCAAUGAUCAAGAAA